UCGCAGUAACUUGCCGUAGUAGUUAGCGACGCGCCUGUGACUCCCAGCCCUACGACCCGCCCGUGCCGCCGUAUAUCUAUCCCGUCCGUCCGAACAUCGGGCUUGCUGGAGGCAUGCCGACACUGGACGUUUGGUAGCCUCGCAGAAUGCCACGACCGAAGAAACCCGGCGCUGCUGAGCCCAAGAAGCGUUCGCGCAAUGGCUGCUGGCCCUGCAAGGCACGGAAGGUGAAAUGUGGUGAGGAGAAGCCCCGCUGUCUCAAUUGUGAGCGUCAGGGCGAAGCAUGCGACUACAGCAUUCGUCUCAAUUGGAAUGGGCGUCCAAAGAAGAGUGCAGACACUUCGGGGUCUGAAACUCCCCAGAGCGGCACCAGUAGUCCCUAUACCUCGACCUUCUCCCAAUCCAACAUCUUUGCGCCCCCCACAUAUACCCGUACCCAUACCCAUACCCCUUCGCCCGUAUCUGGGCCACCUCCACAUAUCUUCCACCAUGCGAGAGGCCAUUCGAAUAUAUCCGCGCCAAGCCCAGAGGCCUCCCUGAUUGAUCCAGAGUUGAUGAGGAUCAGUCAGACCCAGACACAGCCGGCCAUGGCCGCGUACGACACAUUGGAGAUGCCAAGACGAGGGAACCCGACUUCUGCACCCAUCGACAAUCGUCUUCAGCAAGUGCAAUAUCGUGGCAACAUAGACUACCCAUCGCCUUCUGCUUCGAGCUUUGAUAGUGGAAGUUAUGGAGGAGGAGGCUACAUUUCUAGUGGGACCCUAGACUCGCCCGCUUCCCCUCCCGCGAUGCCACCCCCUGGCCGGAACAUGUUCUCGCACGACUCUCCGGCUGGCGGUGCUAGGCCUUACGCAGAGAUGCUCGAACUUUCAGGACACCAAGCUAAGCGCCAGAAACGAAGCCAUUCCGGAGACUCGCCAAACGUAGUCUCCGGGCCUGGAAAGCAGGAUAGUAGAUAUGAGAAGGGCAGCGGGACUCUGUCCUUUGCAGAUGCAUUUUCGCCUAAUUCAGGUCCGCUCACCCCUUACAGCCCGUUCACGGGUAACCCUUUGACGCCCGUUUCUUCAGUCGCCUCGGAAGACAGCGGCAUGCGUAACGGCCCUGGCCCUACUACUAGCCCGUACCCUCCACCGGACCUUCGUCGACUAUCUGUCAACUCACUGCUCACUGGCCCUCCGGGUGAUAAUCCGUCUGGGUGGAAUACCGACGUGCAUGGUAGACAUUACCCAGUUGUCGACUCAAGCACAACUACGUACGGAUACGAUGUCGGAAACCCUGACUUAGAUACGCCGAAAAAUGACGAUUUAAACGCCAUCGCUGUAUUCAGUCCUCCUGUUGGUAGCGCUGGAUUUGCAACAGACAAUCAAUCCGAUUCGCAAACAGAGAACGGCUUUGGCGACCGAUCUAAAGAUAUCGCGUUCGAAAAAGGGGGAUACUAUGCAAAACCAGUCCCUAUAAAAAUCUCGAGAUCACUAGAGCCGCUUCCACGGCUCUUGCACGACAACCCAAUGAACCUUCUAUACUUUCAUCAUUUCCUGAACCACACAGCUAGGAUAUUGGUCCCGCAUGAUUGCGAGCAGAACCCCUUUAGGAGCAUACUCCCACGUAUGGCUGUUCAAAAUGAAACCGUUCUCUGCUUGCUGUUAGCCUUUUCUGCGAGCCAUCGUGCGCGUCUCUUGAACCAUCCCGAGCCAGCUAAUCGGAUAGCUGUCUGGGUGCAGGAUGUGUUUCCCAAGCUCCGACAGGAUCUAAAUAGUAACAACGAAAUCUCCAAUCCCACGCUUACCACAGCCAUCAUGCUUGCCUCUUUGGAGAUUAUUUCACCAAAUACCUUCGAAGUUCCAAUAUCUUGGCAAAACCAUCUGACUGUCGCUCGCCAAAUGAUCAUUGCUCGUGGAGGGCCAAAGUCAGUGCAGCGUAGCGACCAAGUAGCCUCCUUUUUAGGACGUUGGUUUGCGUAUCUCGAUGUCCUCGGAAGUCUAAGCGGCGGCAAGAACGAUCUUCCCCUAGAUUCAUCUUACUGGUCAGAUGACGACUACGACACAGACGAAGACUAUCAAAUCGACUGCUUACUCGGAUUUACGAGUCGCUGUAUCGGUAUCCUCGCAAGGAUUGCUGAGCUUGCAAAGCAGUGUGAGAAGAUCCGCUUCGAUGAAGACGGCAACGUUCGAGAAGGGUGGAAACCGGCCCCUGAUAUCCUUGCAAAGGCCGACAAGAUUAGGAACGACCUGGCAGAGGGUCGCGAUCACGUGUACAAGGGCUGCAAUCAUCGAAGCGCGGAUAACUCCGAGAGUGAAGCCGGCUGGGACGCUCUGGAAAUUUACGCAACAAAUGAAGCCUUCCAUUGGGCUGGUUUGAUCCAUCUCUGUCGCAGAGUGUUGGGGAAGCCGGCAACAGAUCCAGUCGUCCAGAACGCCAUACGAGAGAUCGUUGGAAAUCUGUACAAGGUCCGCCGCGGAAGCACGGCGGAAGCAUGUCUCUUGUUCCCAAUGUUCACCGCGGGCUGCGAUGCCAUCGAUGCGACCCAGAGGAGCAAAAUUAUGGAAAGGCUGAAAAGCGUGGAAGGCUUCGGAAUGACUCAGAUCCACAAAGCACGAGAGCUUAUGCAAAAGGUUUGGGACACGGGAAAACCGUGGGAAACGCUAGUGUAUGGGGAGUUUUUAGGUUGAUCGUUUGACUUCUUGAUGUGUACAUGAUUUCCUUCGCAUGUUGAUGAUUCCCAUAUAGACCAGCUUGACGGCGGCCAUUGCGACCGAAUGUGUUCGACGCACAUGCUUCAAAAAUUAGCGCUUCUUUCUGUAUAUUUUCUCUUUCUUAGGUCGAGACCGAAAGUAGAGCUACUUUUCAGCAAAAAGUAAUAACCUCAGUAGCCUCUUACGAGCUUCAUACCGCCAGUUUGGUCUAGGAUCUUGUUGAUUGCCCUGAAUGCGUGAUAGGAAGGGGCUACUUCGGUACCGCGGGUGUCUUCUACCUCCUCACGUGCCCUAAAUUCAACAAGAUCUGAAUGAAAACCUACCUAAACACGCCGAAUAUAGAAUAUAAUCUGAU